GGAGGGCGCUCGAGAGCCCGGCACCGCUCGCCGCGCGGCCGGAAGUGAAGGAGCAGGAGAACGAAGUAGUUAGCAGCGAUGGUGCUGCAGCGCUUGCUGCCCUGGAGUACUUGCCGGACGAUCUUCGGGUCUGCGGAGGCUGCGCUCUGGGGUUUGAAGUCAAUAAAAAGAAGCUGCCACAAUUUUUGUACCGCUAUUUGUCAAGAUGUCACUUAUAUGGAACUUAAAAACCUCCUGAAGUCCAAAAAAAUUAUGUUAAUUGAUGUUAGAGAGCCAUGGGAAAUUCAUGAGUAUGGAAAAAUCCCUGGGUCCAUUAAUAUACCAUUGGAUGAUGUAGGUGAAGCUCUACAGAUGAACCCAAAAGACUUCAAAGAGAAGUACAAGGAAGUAAAGCCAUCCAAAUCUGACAAUCUAGUGUUUUCUUGUUUAGCUGGAGUGAGAAGCAAGAAGGCUGUGGUCACAGCAAUAUCUCUGGGCUUUAACAGUGCUCAACACUAUGCUGGAGGAUGGAAGGAAUGGGCAACCUAUGAACUUUCAGAGAAGAAACAAGGAAAUUGAAUUUUGGAAUACAAGCUGACCGUUUCCUUGUGUAAAUGCAGCCCAGAAUAGUGGAAUAAGCAAAAGAAUAAAAAUGUAGCCCUGGAACUACUGGUUAAUGGGAAA